UGACAUUGUCAAAUUUUACAUAAACAAAAAGACUAAAUUCUUGUAUCAAAAUUCCAAGUUUAAAAAUAGCAUAAAUUAUGAGGGAAAUAGUACAUAUUCAACUAGGACAAGCCGGAAAUGCAAUAGGAAACAGAUUCUGGGAAGUAAUUUCGGAUGAACACGGCAUUGACCCCGGUGGUAGAUUCCACGGAAACAGCGAUCUACAAUUGGAGAGAAUCAAUGUAUACUUCAAUGAAGCAUCAGGGAAUCGUUUUGUACCGCGAGCUGUUUUAGUGGAUUUAGAUAAAAGUACGGGCAAUUCAACCAGAAAUGGACCUUUCGGGAAAUUGUACAGACCAGAUAACUUUAUAUUUGGCAAUCAGAGCGCUGGGAAUAACUGGGCGAAAGGGCAUUACACUGAAGGAGCAGAAAUAGCUGAUGCAGUUUUGGAUGUGGUGAGAAGAGAAGCCGAGGGUUGUGAUUUUUUGCAGGGUUUUCAAGUUUUACACUCCCUGGGUGGUGGAACUGGAUCUGGAUUUGGUUGCUUACUGCUUAGAAAGUUACGGGAAGAAUAUCCGGAUAGAAUUGUUUGUACGUUUUCGUUGGCACCGAGUUCAAAGGUAUCCGACACAGUGGUGGAGCCUUACAAUGCUGUACUCAGUAUGCAAUAUUUGGUAGACUUUCCAGACGAAUGUUUUCUUCUCGACAAUGAAGCCCUAUACGAAAUUUGCACUUAUAACUUAAAGCUAGCUCAUCCCACACAUGCAGAUUACAACUUCCUCAUAUCGCAAGCUAUGUCAGGAUGCACAACCUGUUUUAGAUUCCCUGGUCAGUUAAAUUCGGACUUGAGAAAAAUCAAGACCAACAUGGUGCCAUUUCCUAACUUGCACUUCUUUAUAACUGGAUUCGUACCGUGCAUAUCACGCGCUAAUCUGCCCUACAAAUCGGGCUCUGUACCGGAACUGUGCCACCAAAUGUUCGACGCCAAGAACUUGAUGUGCGCCUGUGAUCCGACCCGCGGUAAAUACCUCACUGUGGCAUGCAUAUUUCGCGGAAGAAUGUCCACAAAGGAAGUGGACGAACAAAUGGUGAACAUACAAGCUAAAAACAGCAGUUACUUCGUCGAAUGGAUACCGAAUAACAUCAAAACGGCCAUCUGCGAUAUACCACCGCGUGGCUACAGAAUAGCCGCCACUUUCAUAGGCAAUAGCACUGCGAUCUGCGAUGUAUGGAGGCGCGUUUCAAACGCUUACACUGCCAUGUUGCGCAGGAAAGCUUUUUUGCAUUGGUACACAGGCGAAGGCAUGGAGGAGUCGGAGUUUAACGAAGCAGAUAAAAAUAUGAGGGGAUUAUUGGACGAGUAUAAGACUUAUGAAAAGAUGAAGACGGAAGAUGAUUUUAGCGCUGAAGAUAACGAGCAAGAUGAUGAUGAUUAAUUAUAUUUUAUGGUGGAAACAAGUGAGAAAACUAACAUAAACAAUAUUGUAAAAAGCCCAAUAAACAAUUUGUACUACUUAUGGUAACGAUAAGUUAUAUAAAGGUUGUCAAAGUAUAUAAAC